CUCCACUUUGGCACUUUGGGGCCAUCAGAGGCAAUUACUGAAUAAACUGAAGCACAAGAGGAGGGUUUGUGAGCUGGAAGCAGCACUAGCCUACAGAAGAAAGGGGCAGUGGGCUGCUGUUGUGACUGUGGAGGAAGAAACUUCAGCCUCCUUUGUUUCUCACCACCUACUCUCCAUCCACCCUGCGAGAAAAUGAGUUGCGUGCCAUGGAAAGGUGACAAGACCAAAUCAGAAUCACCAGAGCCACCUCAGCUACCACCACUGCACAUUUACCAUGAGAAGCAGCGUAGGGAGCUGUGUGCCCUCCAUGCCCUCAACAAUGUCUUCCAGGACAGCAACGCCUUCACUAGGGAAACCCUGCAGGAGAUUUUUCAGAGGCUGUCUCCCAACACCAUGGUGACGCCCCACAAGAAGAGCAUGCUGGGAAACGGAAACUAUGAUGUGAACGUGAUCAUGGCAGCGCUUCAGACCAAAGGCUACGAGGCGGUUUGGUGGGACAAGCGCAGGGAUGUUAACGUCAUUGCCCUGUCUAACGUGAUGGGCUUCAUCAUGAAUCUGCCCUCCAGCCUUUGCUGGGGCCCCUUGAAGCUCCCCCUCAAGCGACAGCACUGGAUCUGCGUCCGGGAGGUGGGAGGCACCUACUACAACCUUGACUCCAAACUCAAGGUGCCCGAGUGGAUUGGAGGUGAAAGCGAGCUCAGGAAAUUCUUGAAACACCAGCUGAGAGGAAAGAACUGUGAACUCCUGCUGGUGGUGCCAGAGGAGGUGGAAGCACAUCAGAGCUGGAGAGCUGACGUGUGACCUGGACCGACUCUGUCCUCCCACUACAGCUCUUCCCCUUUACUGAACUCCCGACGUCCUGAAACCUGGAUAAUGGGUGCCCCGACUCUUCUCAUCUGGAAUUUCCUUUGUUAGGCUCUUCUCUUCCUUCCUUGGUGCAAUAGGGCAACAGCGUAGGACA